GAGUUCGCGCCGUCGAAAAAAACGCUCGAGUUCUGUUCUAACCUGCUCUGACUCCGGGGAGCAGGGCAACGCAGAGCAGUCAAAACAAAUGGCGGCACCGAUUGAUCAAUUACGUGGAUUACGUGUAAUCGAAAUUAUGCAGGAUUUGUUGUCAUCAGACAGUUCUGAUGAUGACGAUGAUAUUAUUGAUGUACAAUUAUUGAGGAAUAAUGCCAGAAGACGCCGAUGGGGUGAAGUUCCCAAAGUUGAAAAUUUUAUUCGCGAUGUAGUUGACAAGUAUUCAGAGCCAGAAUUUAAAAGUGAUUUCCGAGUAUCUCGUGAAACAUGUAAUUAUUUAAUUGAAUUGUUUGAACAAAGUGUAUAUUGUCCCCGAGGAGCACCUUUUGGCGGUGUUGAAGCGAAAAGUGCCGAAGAACACAUUCUGUGUUAUUUAUGGUUUGCAGGUAACAAAGCAGUUUACCGGACCGUAGCUCAUAUUUUUGGAAUUAGUAUAUCGACAGCACACAAGAUGAUAGAUAGUGUAAUAAAUUUUUUAACUGACGAAUUGGGCCCAUCAGUAAUAAAAUUUCCAAGUACUGAGGAAGAAAAACAACAAAAUGCAGAAGAAUUCGAGCAGAUUGCAGGGUUUCCAGGAGUAGUUGGAUGCAUUGAUGGAACAUUCAUCAACAUUCGUACACCUAUCCAUAAAAUUAAAUCAACUUAUGUCAAUCGUCACGAUAUCACUUCAUUAACUUUGCAAGCAAUAUGUGAUGCGAACCAAAAGUUUUUGGAUGUCUUCACCGGAGUACCGGGCAAGAUCCACGAUGCAAAAACAUUUUCAUUAUCAUUUAUUCGGCCUAAAGUGCUGCAGAUGGGACGAGACUUUCAUAUACUGGGAGAUGCCGCAUAUCCAAUAAAUGAAAACGUCAUGACGCCAUAUCGAGAGUAUAGAGAUUUGACAGAAGAACAACGAGAAUUUAACUACCGACUUUGUCGUACAAGAGUUAAAAUUGAAAAUGCUUUCGGGUUCCUGAAACAAAGGUGGAGGCAGUUGAUACGGACGGAUAUGUGGCGUGUUUUGAAAACAUCAAAAUUUAUAAUUUCAUGUUGCGUGAUGCACAAUUUAUGCAUUGAACGGAAUGAUUUUCUAAAUGAGUUAGAAAAUAAUGCAAGAAACGACCAAGAAAAUUUUGUAAAUCAUGACGACAAUGCUAGACUUGGUCAGCUGAAACGUGAUGAAUUGGCUAGACAAUUUGUAUAAAAAUUGACUCAAUCUCUACUACUAAACUUAACACAAAAUGAUGACAUAAUUAAUAUUGACAUUGUAAAAGAAAAUGUAUUGUGAAUUGUAAAGAAUAUAUAACGAUUGAAUAU